AUGGCUGGUGGUGGAUUCCUCAAAGAUGCCCGAUAUAAGAACUUCAACCUGGGGCCGGUAGUGUCAAUAUUCUCUUCCAUUGACACAGCAUACCGUGACGUGAGAGCGAAGGCAGUCGCUCCGCUGUUCUCUCCUGCACGGCUGCGAGAAGAAAGCAGCGCUCAAGGCUCGAUUGGGCGACACGUUGCAGACUUCUUGUGCCAACUCUGCGCGUUUCGGCAAGCGGGGAUCAAGACCGAUAUUCUGGAUCUCUGUGCAAAGCUCUCUAUCGAUGUAGUCUCGGACUAUGUGCUAGGUCAACCAUAUGGUGGAUUGACUGAGCACGCACAUCUGAAUUUAGCCGAACGACAAACUUCAGAUGUAAAACUCAGCGCCAAUGGCUUCAUUCACGCCAUUGUGGGGUUCUCUCGUUUCUCGUUACUCCCCAACCGCCUUUUCAAGCUCGUCUAUUUUCUUUCUCAGAAGAUGGGCCACAGCGACGAAGUGGACAAGUCAUUUCGGAGGAUCCAGGAGUUCAUGGGCGAGGUUAUGAAAUGCACGAAGGAAGACACGAGAGCUGAAUUCUAUCAGGAUCGUCUACUCGCAUCAGGCAUAUCUUUCUUGGAAACCACAAUGCAAAGCCAAGCUAUUCUGUUCGCAGGCGGCGACUCCACCGCCGUUAUACUGGCCACAAUUAUCUUCCACCUGACUCGGAGCACAGAAGCUCGCACCCGUCUCCUACACGAUAUCCGUACCGCACUUCCCACUGCAGAGGACAAUAGAAAGCCCGAUAUUCCCUUUCUGCGCGCCUGCGUUAAGGAGGGUUUGCGCUUAGGGAUGGCGAAUCCUACAAGGCUCACGCGAGUUGUUCCUCCUGGCAAAAACCUUACAAUCGACGGCAUCCUGAUCCCUGCAGGUGCAAUUGUUGGCUGCGCGGCCUAUGUUCUUCAUCACGACCCUGCCAUCUUCCCUGACCCCUUCGUCUUUCGGCCGGAGCGGUGGAUUGACGACGAAAGAAACUGCGGUCUGUACCGGCCGCAUAUGGAAAGAAGCUUGAUUGCUUUUGGCGCGGGUUUGCGUGCUUGUCUUGGUAAAAACCUGGCUAUGCAACAGCUGCUUGAAACUGUGGUGGCGGUCGUCGAUAGUGAGGUGUUGGAGGGAGCUCGGACAUGUGAAGAUCACAUUGAGGUUAUUCAGUGGUUCAAUGGUGAUAUCAAGGGUCACCGUGUAGACAUCGAGUGGUGA